AUGGUUGCAACACGGGGCCUAGUGCUGGUGACCGUAGUGCUGGGCUUGGCCAGAGCAAGCCCUGUCCCCACUUCCAAACCCACCACAACCAGGAGGGGCUGCCACAUUGACAGGUUCAAAUCUCUGUCUCCACGGGAGCUGGACGCCUUCAAAAAGGCCAAGGAUGCACUGGAAGAGUCGUUCUUGCCGAAGAGCUGGAGCUGCAGAUCCCAUCUCUUCCCCAGGACCUGGGACCUGAGGGAGCUGCAGGUGUGGGAGCGCCCUGUGGCCUUGGAGGCUGAGCUGGCCCUGACGCUGAAAGUCCUGGGAUCUGUGGCUGACUCGGCCCUGGGGGCCUUCCUGGAACAGCCCCUUCACACACUGCGCCACAUCCACUCCAAGCUGCAGGCCUGUGUCCCGGCUCAGCCCACAGCAGACCCCAGACCCCAGGGCCGCCUCCACCGCUGGCUGCAUAGGCUCCAGGAGGCCACAAAGAUGGAGUCUCGAAGCUGCGUCGAGGCCUCUGUCACGUUCAACCUCUUCCGCCUCCUCACACGGGACCUGAAAUGUGUCGCCAGCGGGGACCAGUGUGCCUGA